UUUCCAAGUUUUCCAAUUUCCACUGAACAAAAACACUUUUCCCGGUUAACCCAAAAAAAUUUCGCCAUGGAUGGUCAGCAACGGAGAACUGAAAUCCCUCGCGCACCACCGGUCGGAGGAGAGCCUGGUGGAGAUGUAUCUUCUAUUUUCAUUGCGUUCGGUGUUUUCGCUGCAAUCGCCGCCUUGGUUAUGUUCCCGUCAUCGUUGGUGCAUCAAGUUCCUGAAGGUCACGUUGGAGCGUAUUGGAGAGGUGGUGCUCUUCUAAACAUAAUCACAGAGCCAGGUUUUCACUUGAAGCUGCCUUUCAUUACCAACUAUGAGCCUGUUCAAGUUACUCUACAAACAGAUCAAGUGAAGGAUAUACCAUGUGGUACCAAGGGAGGUGUCAUGAUUACCUUUGAGAAGAUAGAAGUUGUUAAUCGACUGCGUAAGGAUUUUGUCUAUGACACUUUGCUCAACUAUGGUGUGAACUAUGAUAACACAUGGAUAUAUGACAAGAUUCAUCAUGAGAUCAACCAGUUUUGCAGCUCUCAUUCACUUCAGCAAGUCUACAUUGAUAUCUUUGACCAGAUUGAUGAACGAAUGAAAGAUGCUCUCCAAGCUGAUUGUACACGUUAUGCUCCAGGAAUUGAGAUUCUUAGUGUCCGUGUCACAAAGCCGAAAAUUCCAGAGAGUGUAAGGCGAAACUUUGAGCAGAUGGAAGAGGAACGCACUAAGGUCUUGAUUGCUAUUGAGAAACAAAGAGUUGCUGAGAAAGAGGCAGAGACAAAGAAGAUAAUGGCCAUUAGUGAAGCUGAGAAGAACGCCAAUGUAAGCAAGAUUCUGAUGCAACAAAAGUUGACUGAGAAAGACAGUUCACGGAGAGAAGCAGACAUCGAGAAUCAGAUGUAUCUUGACCGUCAAAAGAGUCUCGCAGAUGCAGAUUACUACCGUGUACUGAGAGAAGCUGAAGCAAACAAGUUGAAGCUCACCCCUGAAUUUCUCGAACUCAAAUUCAUCGAUGCCAUUGCUCGUAACACCAAAAUAUUCUUCGGGGACAAGGUACCUAACAUGGUGUUGGAUCAAAGGCUGCUUGGGAACUUCCUCAAUCAUUCGGCAAAAGACAAAGAUGGAAGCUUGGAAAUGGCCACUGAUACAUAGAACAAAUGUUUCAGUGCCAUCCCUAAAAACAAAACCUUCUUCUUAUUAUUGCAUAACUUAGCUUCUCUUGUGGCUAUCCCUUUAGUUGCAACUCAAGUCUCGUAAUGACAUGUUUUUUUUGGUCUAAACAGCUAGCUAAUUCGAGUAAUAUUUUACACAUUUAUCAGAUUCAAAGCUCCACAAAAUACCAAAAUGACUUGAGAGAUUCUCUGUAAAUUUGAGAUUCAAGGUCCGAACAUAUCUGAGCUCUUUUUGGUCUUAUUAGGCAGAACUUGCCGAUGUGUCUUGAAA